AUGCUGAACACUAUUUUAUAUUUUCUACUUUCAGGUCCUAAACCAUUAUUUUGGAACCCUUAUUUACAACGUCCUUUACAUAAAAGAAAAGGUGGCCAGGUUCGAUUUUCUAACGAUCAAACAUUGGAAUUGGAGAAAAAAUUCGAAUCACAAAAAUAUCUGUCACCACCAGAGAGAAAAAAACUUGCAAAAGUUUUAACAUUGACCGAGCGACAGGUUAAAACCUGGUUUCAAAAUAGAAGAGCAAAAUGGAGAAGACUGAAACAGGUAAAUCACAUUUACAUGUAG